GUGAGGGUAUGACAUCAUAAACAGAGUCGGUAGAGAAAGAGAAGAGACCAAAAAUCAUCAAAAUGUCUUAUGCUUAUCUUUUUAAAUAUAUUAUUAUUGGAGAUACAGGAGUUGGUAAAUCAUGUCUUUUACUACAAUUUACGGACAAGCGGUUUCAACCAGUACAUGAUCUAACUAUAGGAGUAGAAUUUGGGGCACGAAUGAUCACAAUUGAUGGAAAGCAAAUCAAAUUGCAAAUUUGGGAUACGGCUGGUCAAGAGUCGUUCCGUUCUAUUACAAGGUCAUACUAUCGUGGAGCUGCUGGAGCAUUACUUGUGUACGACAUUACAAGAAGAGACACAUUUAACCAUCUAACAACAUGGCUAGAAGAUGCUCGUCAACACUCCAGCUCAAAUAUGGUUAUUAUGCUUAUUGGUAACAAGAGUGAUCUUGAGGCUCGUCGUGAUGUCCGAAAAGAAGAGGGAGAAGCUUUUGCAAGAGAACAUGGAUUAAUCUUUAUGGAAACUUCUGCAAAAACUGCUGCUAAUGUCGAAGAGGCAUUCAUCAACACAGCAAAGGAAAUUUAUCAGAAAAUACAAGAAGGUGUCUUUGAUAUCAACAAUGAGGCAAAUGGAAUCAAGUUGGGACCACAACACUCUCCCUCCAAUCCAUCAGUACCUCUUGGAGGAAGCCGAUCUCAAGAUGGUGGUGGAUGUUGUUAGUUAUAACAUAUACAAUCAUUAAGUCUAUAUUAUCGCAAGAACUUGUGAAAAAUUCACAAAAUACUUGAAGAAUUGUCAUGGAGGCAGAUGAUACUGUUUGUUUGUUUAUGUACGGGGCUCAUUUGAUAAAAUUCAAUUAUUUUAGAAAUAUAUGUACAUGUCUCUUAUACAUGGUAAAUAAAUAUUGUUAAUUCUUAUUGUACAAGAUAUAAGAACACUUUUCCUUUUAAACUGUCACCAGCAAAUUUGUACAACAUCCAGUUAAUAGACUAGUAUAAUGUAAAAUCACAGAAACAUGAACUUGUUAUUUCAUAUUAACCCAUCAACAUUGAAAGAUGUCAACACUAAAGGAAUAUUGAUCUAAGAAUUGUCUUACUGGAUAUAAAUAUAUCUAAAAAUGACAAUAAUUGCCAUAAACAUCUUCCAAUUAAAUGUACAAUUUAUGUCUGACUA